UGCGGCGGAAGUUUUGGUCGCGAAGGUCUUUCCUUUUCCGUCGCAAACGGAACGGUCAGAAGUGAGGAGGGUCGACUUUCUCCGCGGAAACAACGCUAUAAUCAUCAUUAUUAUCAAUAAUAAAAGAUUUAGUUAGCAUGAUGUUCCCUCAGCAACAGCAACAUGUACAACAGCAACUGCUUCAGCUCCAGCAGCUCAUUCAUCAGCAGCGGCAACAGCACCAUCGCCAUCCACACCCGCCAGCACAGGCAGGCCCCAACCGGGCUAUGCAGCAACAGGCACAAACGUUUCAUCCUCGCCAUCCUCUCCAACAGCCGCGGCACCAACUUCAGCGGCAGCAGAAGCAAAUGCCUCAGCUAAACUUGCAUCCAUCCAGUCAAACUUCAAUCCUUAAUCCUAAUCCUAUGCUACAGCGUACCCUGAUAAUGCAGCAGAUGUCAGGUGGUCUUCCUGGAUACAGCAUGCCUACACCCUUCUUCCCACCAGGAUCCAGAGCAUCAAUUCUUGGCACCCCUCCCGUUGGCAUUCAACUGCAGACUCCUCGCAUCAGAUUUGGGAGCCAUCCCUUCCAUCCGCAUCUUCGCGGAUUCAAUAAAGAUAUUAAGAGAAUGCAAGACAUGCGAAGAGAUCGUUACUCUCCAAGGGAGCCAUUCAGGGCAAAAGCGAAUAAUAACAAGACAACGCCUGGAGUAAAGGUGACAACAGGUAAUAAACAUGUUGAUACAAAGAAGGCAGCUGUUUCUCUAUCUCUGAAAACUCAGGACUCCAUGAAAGCUGAUGAACCAGAAGUAAAAAGGAGAAAGCUUGGGAGCCAAAAUGAUGAUGAUGUAAUUGAACAGUCUAAUUCGGGCGAGCCAACCAUAUCAAAGAGUACAACGAAUGAAGAAACGGGUAAAAAUGAAGAGAGUGCAGCUGGUGAGAAUUUAGAACCCAAUGCAGCGAACGCAGAGGUGCUGAGUACCAUGAGUUCACUAAAAGUAACGAUCCAGCAGAGCAGUGAGAGUCGGGCAAUCAGUACGUCUGCAGCUGAUUCUGGAUCCAUGGCCAAUGAGGACUCUGGGGAGGAGUUGGAUUCCAUGCCUAUCAAGUUCAUCUGUUAUAUCUGUAAUGUCAACUGCUAUAAUCAAAAGAACUUUCAGAAGCACAUGAUAGGGACACGCCAUCAUCAGAGACUCUUGGAGAUUCAGCAGAUGAGUAAUGCUUGUAUGUCCACAUUAAUUCCAGCGACAAGCUCGGUGGGAAGAAGCAGAGAAAGUGACAAAAAACGACCCAGAUGGUGCAGUACCUGCCAGGGUCAUUUCAGAGGGAAUAUAAUUGAACACCGCAGGACACAGACACACAAGCUUUCUAAGUACUCUCUGCGGCCUUUCUGCACUGUUUGCAGCAGACAUUUCAAAACCCCCCGCAAGUUUGUGGAGCACAUGAAGUCGCCAGAACACAAGCAGAAAGUGCAAGAGGUUAAAUUGCAGCGCAGCUCCCUGGAUAAAGAUCAGGCUGGACAAGAUGAUCCAGAGGACAUGAUUACUGUUGAUGCAGUUGGUUGCUUUGAUGAAGAUGAUGAAGAAGGAAUGACCGAGGGUGACGACUGCGAUUCUGAUAGUUUAAGUGAUAGUGAUUCUCAGACCUUGAUGUCAGAAUACCGGAAGGAGCCAUAUGAUACAGAGACUGUAUACGGCCAGCAAUAUGUGGUCCCUGUGACAGGUUUCCUCUGCAAGCUGUGUCAUAAAUUCUACCAUUCUGAGUCCACUGCCAGAUUUACCCACUGCAAGUCACUGAUGCAUUUUCAGAACUUUCAGGGUUACAAAGCACAAAGAGCCCAGGAUUAUUUAUCAGUAUCUUAUCAAGAACCAGCGGUUUCUGUGGUGGACAGCCUUGGUUCAACAGAUGAUCAAAUACCAGCAAGUGGCAACCAAGCAGAGGAAGACCUAAAAUCUGCAAACAUCACUGGCAACGAUCCUGAAAUGGAAGUGGCAAGUUGUGAAGCUGAAACUGCUACACCUACAGAUGAUGAUAUCAUUCCCAAUGCAGCCAAUGGUAACAAUAUAGACAGUUGUUCCCCUUUGCAGAAGCUCCAGCCUGAGAAUCCAGAUGGCAGUGAUCAAGGUGAUACAGUCAUUGGCAAUAUGUCUGAUGUGAAGUUUGAUAGCAACUUAAUAGACAUCCCGUGUACAAAGAACGAAAUGCUAUGUGGCAAAGUGGAGGGGGAGCAGGAACCUGGCUCUGACAAAUGUGAGUCGAGUUGUGAAGCUGAAACUGCUACACCUUCAGAUGACGGUACCAUUCCAAAUGCAGCCGAUCGUAACAAUAUAGACAGUUGUUCCCCUUUGCAGAACCUCCAGGCUGAGAAUCUGGAUGGUGGUGAUCAAGGUGAUACAGUCAUUGGCAAUAUGCCGGAUGUAAAGUUUGAUUGCAACUUAACAGACAGCCCGUGUACAAAGAACGAAAUGCCAAGUGGCAAAGUGGAGGGGAAGCAGGAACCCGGCUCUGACAAAUGUGAGUCGAGCUCUAUUGUGGGCAGUGAGGUGGCAGAUGAAGAGCAGGAUGGGAAUGAGGAAUGUGACCUGGGCUCGUCCAAGACCGAGGAGCCCAGUGAGACGGAGGAUGGUGAAGACGAGCACCUGACUGAUAGCUGCCUGGCAGAGAAGGAGGGCGAAAAGACGAAUGUCAAAGGCGAAGAAAAUGAGCUAGGUGAGGAGGAUAGGCCUGUGGAACGCAAAAUUCCCAGAACAAGAUCUGGCAGGGCAGUGCGUGGUCGUCGUCCUGCUUUGAGGCGGAAAAAGUAAUUUAUUUUUGUGGGGGGUUAAUUGUACACCACUAAAUUUCACCAUCUGCAGUGUAUAAGAUACUUCUGCCACCAUUUUAAAUUCAGUGGGUCGGUCACCCAUCAAUGGUUAUAUAUUUCCCUUUCUCGGUGAGGGAAGAAUCAUGUGUAAGUCCAUUGCUGGUUGUGACUGUAAAAUCUCAAUGCAGUAUCCAUUCAGAAAUAUUUUCCAUCCUGUUAUGGAAUUAGAGAUGACCGCAGUGCUCCAAAGAUUUUUACCAUUGCAUCUUAAGAAUAUUUGUCUUCAGUGUUUUUAUUUUAAGGUGUUACAGACUUUAUUUACUGUGGUUGGAUUAUACCAUUUGAUCAACCAUUGCUCUUCAUGGCUGAUGAGUCAAGCUUGGGUAAACGGAAUGAAUGAUCAGUUGUAGGCUUGAGACCCCUGCUUACUUAAAAAAAAUGUUUCCUUUCAAAUUGGCAAGCGACUGUGAAUACCUUUGCUUUGUGAUCAUCAUAUGCAACUUGUAUCACUGAAUGCAAAGUACAAUAUCAAACCAAUUCCCAGAACCAUGAUAAAUCUACUUUUAAACAGUAUGUGCACCUCACUUGGUACAAAGUAGACAACUUGCUGUGCGAUGCAAGAUGCUGUGCGUUGCAUGUUGUGUGAACUGCAUACUUACAUACACAGACAUACCUCACAUAGGUAGUCAUGCAAUUUCUAACAAUCUACCCUCUUGAAGCUUUGAGGGAAGGGUUAUUGGCCAAUGAUCCAGAAAAGAGUAUUCCAGUUACAGUCGUUAAUAUGGAGCAACUUGAUAGAUGCUGUUUUUAGCCUCAGUUAUCAAGUUCAGGUUCUUUGCACAUGCAAAUAGAUUAAAUUCAAGCAUGUAUGGGGAUAAUUUCUGAUGUAUUCCCAACAAACCUUCCAAAUUGCUUUUCAAAGCACUGUUUCAUGAUGAGCAAUUUCAUCAAGUCGCGUUUAGUUCUCAUGUUAGCAUACAAGACUCUUCUUGAUAUUGAUGCCAAUAUAGAAUUGAUAACAUCAUUCAACUGAAAUAAAAUGUUCACUUUUAAACAAAAACACAAGCAAUGAGACUAGGUGUGUUGCAGCAUCUGUAACGCAAGGAACAGUACAAGGUUAUUUAUCCCCUCCAGCAUGUCUGCUGAUCAAUGAAAAUAUGGAUUAUCUGUUAACUAAUACCAUGUUCUAUAACUCCUUCGAAGAAAAGAGUCUUACAUUUUUGGAUUCAAAGUUGGUAGUUGAUCUAGCAGUAGGGCUUCAAAUCUUUAUCAUCCCUUGAGUGUUGAAGUUUUUACAUGAUCACUGAUAAUAGUUUUUUGAAAUAUUCACUACUUUUCAAGCCUAACCAGUGGGGGAAAAAGUUUCCCUCUUCUGUUACUCCCCCUCCCACACCAUGGCACCUCUGUGUAAUUCAUCAGUAUCUUGAAACGGUAGUCAAAUCCGUGCUUAACCUAGGUUUCCCUGGAAAUUCUAUCUUAUUUUGUGUGAUCUCCAAUCAUUCAAUUUGCAACUUCCUCCAUAUGUUUCUCUUCAACCAUCGUGGUCAUAGAAUUUCCAUUGUGUUACUUUAUUUUCUGAACCCUGCCAAGUUUUUUCUCCUACUUUAAAGCUAUUUUCAACAUUGUUAUUCUAAGACAGACAAAUUGAACAGGUGAAAUGGAAAGUGUGUUUGACUGUCAUUGAUGCUGUUUUCAACCUACAAUUCAAGUACUAGUCUGCUGCAUCAUCUUCAUGAUAGAUCGCAUAGCCAUAUAUGAGCAUAUUUUUGACAUUCAUAUUAUAUAUUGGUUAUUUCAGAAUUAAUGAUCAUAUUGCUUGCUCCACACGCAUUGCGCUGUCCCCACUUACAAGGGAAAAAAUCUGACUUUCUGUAAGGCCAAAAUCCAGGAUGACUUUAAUAAUGUCUGAAAAAAAUUUAAUAAAUCUGUGGGUUUAUUUUUCUUCCAAUUUGAUGGACCAAGAUUAACAUUUAAACCCAGCUAUUUAUGAUGGGAAUUUAUUCAAAUGAGCCAGAGUUUUCCCAUUAAAUCUUUGUUCCAUUUCUUGGGUGAUUGAGGUCCUUCGUUCUUGGAGAUCCACUUGUGGAAUAAUAUAACGGAAGACAAAUUAAAAAAAAGUGAAAUGGUAAAUAUACCAAAACUGGGUUUGGUUCCUUCGUCAUAUCUCAAUGAAAUUCUGCUGAAUUGAGUUUCCCCAUUUACUGCUGUCUCAUUUAAUCUAUUUGGGUGAAAUACGGCAGUCCAGGAGGUGAAAAUCCCCUGUCUCAUAUACACCCAUGAAGAUAAUGAUCUGUAAAAUACAACAUUCAUGUGUUUUUUAUUCUUUAAUUCUCUAAAAAUGUGACAUUUGAUAUGUAGCAAAUUAAUUUUGGAUGGACAGUCAUGUAUUUAGGGUAAUGGCGCAUUAAAAAGGUAACUUUUUUGGAGGUAGAUUUCCCUUUUAAACGUUGAAUUUUUGUUAUAAACGUUGCUGUUUGUGAGUACUGUCAUUUUUCUUAGUGAAAAUGCUGUUUCUGGCGUAGUUUGAAAACCAUGUUUAAGUUGGUGGUUGAAUAGCUUGCUCUUAGGUUUCAGGAAUAAAAUUUCAGGAACUAAGUUUCAGCCAUACCUGUUUCAAAUGAUAUGAUAAAUACAUGGCAACUUUGAUUUUUCUACUUAA